AUGUUUUGGAUUUUAAUAUUUUGUAUCCAAGCAGCUUUUGCUGUUGAUCAAAAUUUACUGGAUUCUUUCAAGACGGUGAAGGAGAAGUUUCAACAAGCUCAAGACGCCCUGGAUCAAUUUGAGAAGUUACUGCAACAAGAAACCGGAGUGAUACCAAAUAGUGAGAUAAAUGUGGAUAAUUAUGAAGAAUCGCCGAAUCUUGAAAAAGAGUAUAGAAUUCUAGAUACAAUGAACGCUUGGAAUCGAAUGUCAGCGUGGACAAAACCUGAGAGAUCUUCAGAUCAGUCAACCAAAGCAGCGAGUGAGGCAGUGGAAGAAGUUGACAGAAAACAACCAAAUAGUUAUAGAAAUAUUAAUAUUGGUAAAACAACAGUCAAGAUUUUUAAAGACACAAAAAAUAAUACAAUGGUUUUAAGUUUGAAAACUAGGACUGAUGCUGAAUUUCCUCUUUUUCAAAUGUUUGUUAAAGUUUAUUCAGCUUAUAUUAAAUUAUUACCAGGUAUGUGUGGUAAAGGAUUGUGUUUUGUGGCAGAGAAAAAUGAUGCCGUCUUCCUUCUGAUUUUAACUGUCGAUAUGAAGUCAGUCUCAGAUUUUUUGGAACUAUCAAUUCAUUUGAGUCAUUCAGAUUUGUUAUCAGUGCGUGUAGACAGUAUAGCGAGUCUUGAUAACGAUACUCUUUUGACCCAUCAUUUCCAAGAGUUUCAAGUUCAUUACGAAGAUGAUAAUCAAGUGAUAAUAGAUCCCCAGUACAGUCAUAUUAAUCUUAGAACCACAAUCAACCUGGGUUCGACUAAAGACGUGAACUCUUCUGAUAUACUAUCGUAUAAAUUUUUUGAGCCAGGAACACAUGAUAAGUCCCAUUUUAAGUAUUCUGGUUCUGACAAUUACACACUAGAAGAUGGGAAAUACCAAGCAGUAGCACGAUAUGAUCUAAAUCCUGACGAACCAAUGGAUGGUAUUAUCAACUUUGGUCAGCAGAUAAAAAUUGCCGAUCACAUAUAUCUAAAUAUCCGCAAGCGAUACACAGUUUUUCCAAAGGGACAAGAAGAUUCUACAUAUUUUUUGAACAAUGCCAUUGUGGGUCAGGCUCACAAACAGGGUGCUCUUCAAGCUAACUUACCGCAUGCAUUUCAUUUCGAGAUUUACGGGGCACCCACGGAUAUUUCAAUACGUAAAAAUUUGAAAACCAGAUUAUCUUAUGAUUUUCCGGGAUUUGAGUUCCUUAUUACCAGAUAUUUUAAAGGUCAAGUUAGUGUUGUGUUAACUUCGUAUAAUGUGACAGUUGAAGAUUCUGGUACUUAUGAAAUUAUUGCGAGUUUCGAAGGCGGAAGGUUUAUGAAAUAUAGUUUCGAAGUUAAUGUGGUGAAGCAAAAAAUCAGCAUUGACAGCUUCUGGAAAUCAGAAUUGCGUUCUACAAAUAAGAAUGGGAACAUGAACAUUUCUAUGGAGGUGACUUGUUCAGCUUCGGGAAAACCGUUGCCCACUGUAUACUUUAUGCAUCCUAUUGUCGAUGAGAACUCCCCGGAUUAUACUUUCAGGGAGAUCAAAUUAGAAAACAACGGAACUUUUGAAAUCAAGCCGUCUGAAGUUACUGAAGACUCUGUGACCAGGAAAAUGAUUGUCCACAAAUUACCAGAAUCAAUCUAUUUUUAUGAAAUUGGAUGUAAAGCUAUAAGUAAGAAACAAGAACGGUAUAAAAUGAUUAAUAUUUAUGAAUCUGAUUUUGAAAUAUAUUAA